CACACACACACAAACACAAAAUCACAGCACAACCACCCCUCUGCUGUGAAAAACCUAAACCUAAACUACAUAGAGAGCAAGAGCAAAGGGAAAAGGAUCCCAAAUCCCAUCAACCCUUCAAUCGCUCGGAUUCAAUUGCAGUAUAUAAUCGGUCGAUGCUUCUUCCUGAGGGGCAAACUUGUGUUAAAUGUUCUGUUUCUCUCACAUGUCUUCUUCAAUCUUCUCUAUCACCUGUGUUAACUCUGAAAAUAAGUUUCCUCAUCAAGCCUUAAUCUUUUCCAACAGAUAUCCCAUACCUUUUCUUCUUUAUUUCAUAUACCAGAAGUUUUAUUCUUAAUUUUCGACAAGUCGUUCUUAAAUUAACUGGUUUCCGCUAUGGGUGACCCUUCAAAGGUCUUGCUUUUUGGGUCAUUCAGCGAGGAUGAAACCCGUUCUUGGCUGAAUCAGACACCUGUGAAUGCCCAAAAACCUGGCGGAAGGAAGGAAUUGCAAGUGAAUUCCUCCAACCUCGGACAGGUAUUGACGUUUGGUAGUUUUAGCAGCAUAUCUGACACACUGGUUGCUGUUCCUAAUGGACCUGGAAAUAUGCACCCCUCUGCCAUCCAGAAAGACAAUAAGGAUUUAUGUGCCAAAUCAGCUACUGAACUCUUGCCCAGUGUGCCAGAAAAUGGAAAACUUCAUAAUUCCAAUCAUUCUCAUCAUGGAGACCAUGAAAUAACUGAUGGGAUCAACUUUCGUGCACUACAUGUGUCCGAUAUUGACAGCGAGACAGAUGGAAAGUCUAUCUCAGAAUUGCCGGAUCAUGAAAGCAUAAACUUGAAUGGUGGCAUCAAUAAUCCUACAGUUGAAGCACAUCAUAAGGAGGCUCGCCUGAAGACAGAUGUCCCUGUUUUAGAUACUCGUGAGAUAUUACCUCGAGGCUUGAUCAAUUCCGGAAAUUUGUGUUUCCUCAAUGCAACAUUGCAGGCUCUUUUGUCUUGUUCUCCAUUUGUUCGGCUUUUACAGGGACUAAAAAACCGUAACAUUCCGAAGGUUGGCUAUCCUACAUUAGCUGCAUUUGCUGAGUUCAUUGGUGAAUUUGAUAUGGUCAGUGGAACCAGUGUAAAGAAGAAAGAUGUCACGGUACUUGAAAUUGGGAGGCCUUUCAGUCCUACCAUGUUUGAAGGGGUAUUGAGAAAAUUUACUCCUGAUGUAUCCAGUAGCAUUUCGGGCAGGCCUAGACAAGAGGAUGCACAAGAAUUCUUGAGUUUCAUUAUGGAUCAAAUGCAUGAUGAAUUGUUGAAGCUUGAAGGCCAGUCCCACUUCGACGGGAGAAAUUCAUCUCUGGUUUCUACAUCAGAAGAUGACGAGUGGGAGACAGUUGGGCCAAAAAAUAAAUCUGCAGUUACGAGAACACAGACUUUUCUUCCCUCAGAACUCAGUUCAAUAUUUGGUGGACAGUUGCGAAGUGUUGUGAAGGCAAGAGGGAACAAAGCCUCUGCCACGGUUCAGCCUUUUCUUUUGCUCCAUCUGGAUAUUUCUCACGAAGUUAUUCGAACUAUUGAAGAUGCCCUUCAUUUGUUUUCAGCCCCAGAAACACUUGAUGAGGCUGGAGUUGUGUCUGCCAGAAAAUCUAUCAACAUACAAGCACUUCCAAAAAUAAUGAUCUUGCAUCUGAUGCGUUUCAGCUAUGGAACCCAUGGAAGCACCAAAUUGCAUAAGGGUGUGCGCUUCCCUCUUGAACUGGUGUUAAGCCGUGACCUGCUUGUUUCCUCUUCUGUAGAGGGCCGAAAGUAUGAACUUGUCUCCACAGUAACACAUCAUGGGAGGGAAGCAUCAAAAGGGCACUACACUGCUGAUGUCCGUUACCUGAACGGCCAGUGGUUGCGGUUCGAUGAUGCAUCUGUUACUGCCAUCAACACAAGCAAAGUGUUACACGACCAGGCUUACGUUCUCUUCUACAAACAAGUAUAGAAGCAACGGCAGCUCUAACUCUGACUAUUUAUUUAGGAGCUACUUCAGCUUUCGUCGUUGUAGAGCCUUGAUAGUGUUGCCAACGGUUGCUUCUGAGAAAUGCUGCUGAGCGCUUCCAGCUGCUACAGACAGAUGUAAGAAAGUUUUGUUCGUCUUUAGUGGAGAUUAAUGUUAUUAUGUUCCAUGCUUCCAUUUGAUGGGGAAAAAAGUUUUGUUGUUGUUGCUGUAUGUGAUGAGUUUGAACGUUGUCGUGUAGAGAGCAGAGUUAUUUUGUAACUUUUAGAAGACAAUAUAGUUAAUUUGAUUCUUCGGCAUGCAUAAAUUUUGAGCAGUGUGUGCUAGACAACUGGACAAGCACACAAAUA